AUGAGCCCACCACCGGAGGAAGUACAACGCCUCAUCGAACGGUGUCGCAUGGAGAAGAAACAACUGAUUCUGGGCUGCGAUGCGAACGCACACCACAAAGUAUGGGGCAGCACAGAUAUAAAUCAUAGAGGUGAGGAUUUGCUUGAUUUUCUAUUUUCUUCUAACAUAGAGAUAGUAAAUGUGGGUAAUAGUCCAACCUUCAUGAAUGCGAUCAGAAGGGAAGUAAUUGACCUUACACUGGCGACACCUUUUAUUGCGGGGAUGGUCAAGAACUGGGGGGUCUCAGAAGAGCCAUCCAUGUCAGACCAUAUGGCAAUAGAAUUCAACGUUGAAGCAACUGCUUCAGCUGAUGUUGAGUGCAGGAUACCCAGGAAGACAGACUGGGAACUUUACAUAGCCCACAUAAGUUUUGAUCUGAAGGGCCUGAAAUACAACAUCAGCUCCAAUGAGGAUCUGGAGAACGCCUCUGCUCACUUCACAUCAUGUCUGAAGAGGGCAUUUGAAAACAAUUGUCCACUCAGGAAGAAGACGAUCUCCAGAGACGUCCCCUGGUGGAACAAUCAUCUUGAAAACCUCAAGAAAACUUCUAGAAAAGCUUUCAAUAAGGCUAAGCGAGAAGGCAGCUGGAAUGCCUACAGACUAGCCCUGACCAACUACAACAAAGAGGUCAGGAAAGCCAAACGGCAGUCCUGGAGAAGCUUCUGUGAGGGAAUAGAUAAAACAGCCCCAGCAGCUAGACUUCAAAAGGUACUAUCUAAGGAUCACUUUAACCCAAUUGGCCAAAUAAAGCCAUGUGGGGAAUUUACGAAUGAUCCUCAAGAGAGCCUAAAAGCUCCAUUAGAGACUCACUUUCCUGGCUCCAGGCAGAUUACCAGUGAAGAUGGGGCCCCCGCUGGGGAAGUAUACAACCUCACCAGGUGGGAUUCUCAGAAAGCUGGUAGACUAUUCACACCAGAAAGAAUUGAAUGGGCGAUAAAGAGCUUUCAGCCCUUCAAAUCAGCAUGCAUGGAUGGUCUUUUUCCAGCCAUGCUUCAGAAAGAUGUUGAAGUGCUUAUAGACCCAAUAACUGAGCUAUUUAAGGCCAGCUUUACAAGGGGCUAUAUCCCGAAAUCAUGGAGGGAGGCGAGGGUAGUGUUCAUACCCAAAGAGGGUCGAAAAGGCUCCCGGAGCCUAAAUCCUAUCGACCCAUAUGCCUCACCUCCUUUCUCCUGA